AUGCUCUUCCAGCCUUCUCAAGUCUUUGUUCUUGCCCUCGGGCUUCUGUCUGCCACUGCCACUGCCGCGCCUACUGAGGUGGUGGAGCCUCGUGCUGAGGUCCUCGACAUCGGUGCUUGCUACAGCUCCAAGUUCACUUGCGCCUUCCAGGGAUGUCUUGCUGGAUACACUUGCUCUCAGCACACCGGAGGUACUGACUACUGCUGCGUCAAGUGGGGUUCUGUCACUUUCCAUCGAUCACCUAAUCUGUUCGGCUUUGGACGCGGUCCGGAUUCGAUUCCAACGAUAGGAUGGGAAUAG